AUAGUUACUGGUUGGAUUGUAGUUCCCCUUGAUUCAAUUAGCUAUGCUGUUUUGCCUUUUUAAAGUCCCAUGAACUAUUACAUACCUUCUGUGACAAGAGACAAUAUGGGAGUGACAGAUAUGAGGUAAGGAAAGUGAAACUCAUCCAUUGUAAUAAUACUAGCCUCACUCAGUCCCAUGACUUCUGAAACUCUUCACUAAGAAAGACAUCACAUCCCAGACAGAGCACACCAUGGGCGUCCAGGGAUUGACCAGCUUUAUGGAGGAGAAUGGAAACAUUUUAAAAGAUGUUCACAUCAGAAACAGCAAGUUGAUCAUAGAUGGUAGUAAUCUGUUCAACUUGCUUUAUUUUGACUCAGGUUUGGAUCAGAGUCAUGGAGGGGAUUAUGAUGCUUUUGAGGACCAGGUCUGCAAGUUCUUUAAGGCUCUGAGAGACUGCGACAUUGACCCCUUUGUGAUUGUUGAUGGGGGCUCCGACUACACCGACAAAAAGUUUGAAACAAAAAAAAAACGAGCUCAAUCAAGGAUCAACAGAGCGAAAAGCUUGUCCAUGGGGCUUCAGGGGAGAGGUGGUAUAUUACCAAUCCUCAUCAAACAUGUCUUCAAACAGGUCCUCAUCAGCCUGAAGGUACCGUAUGCACAGUGCAUUUGUGAGGCAGACCAAGAAAUAGCUUCCCUGGCUCGAAGUUGGAACUGUCCAGUGCUGUCCAAUGACAGUGACUUUUAUAUCUUUGACAUCCAGGCAGGAUUUCUGCCUAUCUCCCAUUUUCACUGGCAGAAAGUGUCUAUGCAACGCGGGAGCUCUAUAAGAUACAUUCCCUGCAAGCAGUACACCACAACAAGCUUCUGCAGACACUUCAACAUCAACAGACAGGUUCUCCCAGUCUUCGCUGCCAUGUUAGGAAACGACUACGUCAAGUUGCAUAACAUGGGUGUUUCCCUCAGGUGGGAAGAAUACUCAUCAAUGAAAGGAAGGUUUGCCCGCUUCGACGGCUUGCUGAAUUGGCUGACCCACUUCCAUGGGCAGAAGGAUGCCUUGGACUCUGUGCUCAGGCUCAUCAGUCAUAGUAACAACAGACAGAAAACAGGUGCUGCCCUCCAGGGCCUCUCCCUGGGCAUAGAAGAGUACCAUCUUCCCCCUAGUUGCCUGGAGCGGUUCUUCAACGAUGGAGUGGGACCAGGGCCCGGCCGUCUCCCAGAGCCUCUGAGGGUCCUUCCAGACUGGACCCUGCUGCCGUUGAUGGAAGGUAGACUUCCCUCCUGCAUGGUAGACGUGCUGCUGCUGGGAAGGAUGAUGCAGGGUGCCCAGGUGGAAGAUCCCCGCUUGCCAUGUGGGAACAACACCUCUCGGUCCAUACGACAGGUACUCUACGGGCUGCUGCUGAGUGGGAGGAGGGCAGACCACAGCAGUCAGAGACCCCCAGUUGAUGAAGUGGAAGAGUAUUACAGGGAAGGCAAGAGCCUGACCAGCUGCAUGGUUGAAGCCGUCCUGCCCAGUGCUGCAGAACAUAUACAGCUAGACACUCUGCAUCAGGCUCCAAGGUCAGUGCAGCUUAAGGUGUUUUUGGAUACACUUGGUGUGUCCCUGUCCACUAUGAGCGGUGUCCCGCCUCAUCUGCGUCUUCCUGUGGCUGUCACCUGCUACUGGCUGAGGCACGCCCAUCCCCCCCCAGAACUCCCUGUCCUGCAGGCCCUGCUACUAGGAUUGGUGUACGGAGAGCUCUGCAGACAGAGGAAGAGCCAAAGAGGGUUUAUGGAGGGACCAGUGUUGGAGAGGCUGAGAGGGCUGAUUCAGAGAGGUAGAAGGAGCCUAGACCUGGGUGUGGCCCACGCCUACAGCCAGUGGCAGUGCUGCCUGAAAGAAAGCCUUCACCUCAACCAACUGCUGUGCUUCCCUCUAGCCGAGCCUCAGUGUGCCUGGCUGUACAAGGGCACUCUGGUGCACCAGCUUGUGACCAAACUGAGAGGGGGGUUAACCCCGGAUUCUCUCCUGAUGGGAGACCUUGGCUCUGGACAGCUGUAUAGGGCCAUGCUGGGAGCCAUACUCAACUCCCAUGAUUCUCAUGAGGCAGCUGUCAUCCCAUUUGUGUCUGGGCUGCAGAGGGCCACACCUCCAUCCUUGACACAGCCACUGGACAAUCUGACGGCCAGUCUACACAUUUUAGCUCUGGAAGAAGAUGAUGAUGAUGAUGGUGCUGGACGUGGGAGCAAGGCCAAGCCAGAGGACGAUCUGGGUUGGACUUUAGUCUCAGUGCGGACCAGGCACAAGAGCAAGGACAGAUUCAACCGAUCUAGGAAUCCAGAAUUCUCCCGGAAGCAGGGGCAGAUCGGCUGGGAGUAGGGAGGGACCAUUAUAUAACUGUUUAGAUAGAGACGUUCUGCUCAACCCUUUAAUAUUUUUAUUGAUCUUAUGUGUACCUAUUAUGACUUAAUUGACAUUUUAUUAGCAUUAACUAUAAUAGAAGUUAUGAUAAGUUUGACUGUUUAAUCAGUUUUUAUUUAUUUGCUCUCUACUGUAAAACGUAUUUUGGUCUUUGAAAAUAGCUCUAUAAAUCCCAUUUAUUGUUACGAUUAUAUUACUGCUGCUCUUGAAAUAUUUUAUCAUCAAAAUGAAAAAUAACAUUUAAACCAGCUAUUCUUGAGAAUGAUUGGGUCUACACACUAAAGUCUAUCUCUGCUUUGGCAGUAUAUUUUAAAUUAAAUUCUUAAACUGAACAAAUCUUAGAUAGUCAUUUUUACCUCUAUGAGAAAAAAAUGUGUUACUUCAGUGACGCUGAAAACGUAUCCCACCUAAACUAAUUAUACAGUACCAGUCAAAAGUUUGGACACAACUACUCAUGCAAUGUUUUAAGAAAAAAAAAAAUGUAUUUUCUACAUUGU